CGUCGGAGCAGCAGUCGGUCCAACACGGGUGCUGCACUCGCGGCAGGGCAUAAAAUCAUUUUCGCACCGGACGAGCGGCAGGAGCUAAACGGCGUCGAUCGGCUCAUCCAUCCAUGGCGACCAAACUCGUGUGUGUCCUGUUGCUGGCGGUGGUGGUGCUAAAGCUCUCUGCGGGAGCGCGCUCUGAUGAUUCCCCGUGCGGCUUCCCGGCCAUCUUCAACCUCGGUGACUCCAACUCGGACACCGGUGCAUUCCCUGCCCUCUUCCCGGCGGUGCAGCCGCCCUACGGCCGGACCUUCUUCGGCAUGCCGGCCGGCCGGCAAAGCGACGGCCGCCUCACCAUCGACUUCAUGGCUCAAAGCCUGGGCCUCCGUUACCUGAGUGCGUAUCUGGAUUCUCUGGGGAGCAACUUCACGCAGGGAGCCAAUUUCGCGAGCGCCGCCGGAACCAUCAGGCGAGUGAACGGGAGCUUGUGGACCUCAGGGUACAGCCCCAUUUCCCUGGACGUGCAGGUCUGGCAGCUCCAGCAGUUCAUCAACAGGAGCCGCUUCGUCUACGACAACGACAUCGGCGGAGUCUACCGGGAGAUCCUGCCCAACCCGGAGCAGUUGAUCUCCAAGGCGCUUUACACCUUGGACAUGGGCCAGAACGACCUCACCGUGGGCUACUUCGACAACAUGACCACGGAGCAAGUCGAGGCCUACGUCCCCGAUCUCAUGGAGAGGAUCUCGUCGGCGAUCCAGACGGUCUACAACCUCGGGGGGAGGCACUUCUGGGUGCACAACACGGCGCCGCUCGGGUGCCUGCCGUACGCCCUGGUGUUCCGCCCGGACCUCGCCGCCGACAAGGACGCCGCCGGCUGCUCCGUCGCGCUCAACGCCGGCGCCCGGUUCUUCAACGCGCGGCUCAAGGAGACCGUGGCGAGGCUCAGGGACACGCUCCCAGGGGCAGCGUUAACCUACGUCGACGUGUACGCCGCCAAGUACAGGCUGAUAAGCCAGGCCAAGGAGCUCGGUUUUGGGGACCCCCUGCGCGUGUGCUGCGGGUACGGCGGCGGCGAGUACAACUUCGACCGGAACAUCCGGUGUGGUGAUAAGGUGCAGGUGAACGGGACGUCGGUGCUGGCAGGAAAGUCGUGUGAUGACCCGUCGAGGAGCGUGAGCUGGGACGGCGUGCACUUCACCGAGGCGGCCAACAGGUUCGUCUUCGACCAGAUCGUCGACGGCGCGCUCUCCGACCCGCCCGUGCCUCUUCGGCGGGCUUGCCAGGGCAAACGGCAAUGAGCAUGAUACUGUUCAUUAAUUAGGCUGCGGAAGUAGCCAUUUUUCACACAUCCGUACGUAUAGUUCAAAUAAAAUCUGCAGCGAGUAUCGUAUUCCAAAUAAAAUGUGCAGGUGUUAGAAAAAAUCGGCACCGAAAAUCUAUUUGUAAGUGGUGUAACAAUAUACAGUACUCCCUCCGUCUCGUAAUCGAUAAUGCUAAAGAUACGGACAGCUUCUAACAGGCUUUUACGGGAA